AUGACAACUUCUUCUGGUGAAAAUUCAGUGGAGAGCAAAAGUUCACUCUCUGGACUCGCCCCACUUGAAGCAGUACUAUUUGAUAUUGAUGGAACUCUGUGUGAUUCAGAUCCCAUUCAUUUCUAUGCCUUCCGUGAAAUGCUUCCAGAGAUAGGUUUCAAUGGAGGGGUUCCAAUCACUGAGGAGUACUAUAUUGAGAAUUUUGCUGGGAAGCAUAAUGAUGAUGUUGCUAGGAUACUCUUUCCUGAUGACUUCGAAAGAGGCUUAAAGUUCACUGAGGACAAGGAAGCCAUGUUUCGUAGAUUGGCCACAGAACAACUGAAGCCUGUGAAUGGCAUUUAUAAAGUGAAGAAAUGGGUUGAAGAUCGUGGGCUGAAACGGGCUGCUGUUACUAAUGCUCCAAGACCAAAUGCUGAGCUAAUGCUCUCAAUACUUGGCCUCACGGAUUUUUUUGAAGCUCUUAUUAUUGGGAACGAGUGCGAGCAUGCCAAGCCACACCCAGAGCCCUACUUGAAGGCCCUUGAAAUACUCAACGUAUCAAAAGAUCACACUUUUGUGUUUGAGGAUUCUGUCUCUGGGAUUAAAGCUGGAGUUGCAGCCGGUAUGCCAGUUAUUGGUUUAACCACCGGAAAUCCAGAACACAUACUAAUUGAAGCAAAACCGACCUUUCUCAUAAAGGAUUACAAUGAUUCAAAAUUGUGGGCAGCAUUAGAAGAGCUUGAUAAGAAGAGUGGUAUCGGUAGCGCUACAAGUGGAGCUUAA